GUUUACGCCGGCGGCUUGCUGCGGCCGGGUUCCUUCCGCGGGACGGGUGAGGGCGCAUGGGCCCCUUGCGCGCGCGGGCCUCUCGUGGGUCUGGAGUUGCUAACUGGUCCCACGGGAGAAGUGGGGUUGUCAACAGUGUCCCUACUCAUCACUAGGGAGAAAGAGAGAGCGCGAAAGAGAGAGGAUGUCUCUCUCAGACUGGCAUCUGGCAGUGAAGCUGGCUGACCAGCCACUCGCCCCCAAAUCUAUCCUUCAGUUGCCAGAAACAGAGCUGGGAGAAUAUUCACUAGGGGGCUAUAGCAUUUCAUUUCUAAAGCAGCUUAUUGCUGGCAAGCUCCAGGAAUCUGUUCCCGACCCAGAGCUGAUUGAUUUGAUCUACUGUGGACGGAAGUUAAAAGAUGACCAGACCCUUGACUUCUAUGGUAUUCAGCCUGGGUCCACAGUCCAUGUUCUCCGAAAAUCUUGGCCUGAGCCUGAUCAGAAACCUGAACCUGUGGACAAAGUGGCUGCCCUGAGAGAAUUCCGGGUCCUGCACACUGCCCUGCACAGCAGCUCCUCCUACAGGGAGGCGGUCUUUAAGAUGCUCAGCAAUAAAGAAUCUUUGGAUCAGAUCAUUGUGGCCACCCCAGGCCUCAGCAGUGACCCCAUUGCUCUAGGGGUUCUCCAGGAUAAGGACCUCUUCUCUGUCUUUGCUGAUCCCAACAUGCUGGAUACAUUGGUGCCUGCUCACCCAGCCCUAGUCAAUGCCAUCAUCCUGGUUCUGCACUCGGUAGCAGGCAGCACCCCAAUGCCAGGAGCUGACUCCUCUUCCCGAAGCAUGCCCUCCAGCUCGUACCGAGAUAUGCCAGGUGGUUUCCUGUUUGACGGGCUCUCAGAUGAUGAGGACGACUUUCACCCAAGCACCCGGUCUACACCCUCUAGCAGUACACCCACUUCCCGCCCAGCCUCCCUGGGGUACAGUGGAGCUGCAGGGCCCCGCCCCAUCACCCAGAGUGAGCUCGCCACUGCCCUGGCCCUAGCCAGUACUCCAGAGAGCAGUUCUCACACACCAACACCUGGCACUCAGGGCCAUUCUUCCGGCACCUCGCCAAUGUCCUCUGGUGUCCAGUCAGGGACACCUAUCACCAAUGAUCUUUUUAGCCAAGCCCUCCAGCAUGCCCUGCAGGCCUCUGGGCAGCCCAGCCUUCAGAGCCAGUGGCAGCCUCAGCUGCAGCAGUUGCGUGACAUGGGCAUCCAAGAUGACGAGUUGAGCCUCCGGGCCCUUCAGGCCACCGGAGGAGAUAUCCAAGCAGCCCUGGAACUCAUCUUUGCUGGAGGAGCCCCAUGAACUUCUUGUAUCCAAACAACCAGCAAGUUGAAGAGGCUUUAUCUGGCAGGAGGCAUUUGCUUCCCCUCACCCCUCCAAUAUAUCUAAUGGUUCAUUCGA